UCGAAGGCGAGCGUUUCUGUCUGUGAUCGUGCGGGAGGCAGCAGAACGUGUGGUGGCUUGAUUGUGUGGCGACAGGGGUGGCUGAGCGUGGGGAGGCUCAAUUGGAUGGUGACGGGGGUGGCUGGUGGGUACCGUCGCGAAACUCGAAUCGAUCGAACGUCUCUGUUUGUGAACGUGCGGAAGGCAGCAGGACGUGUGGUGGCUCAAUUGGAUGGUGACUGGGGUAAGUAUCUUUCCUAUGUGGUUGGUGACCUUUGUCGCCACGACUCCGGUCGAGAAAUGUCUCUGUCUGUGAACGUGCGGAAGGCAGCAGGACAUGUGGUGGCUCAAUUGGUUGGCGACGGGGCCGGCAGGUACCGUCGUCACAACUCGAAUCGAUCGAAUGUCUCUGUUUGUGAACGUGCGGAAGGCAGACAGAGUCGUGUGGUGUUUCCCCCAACCAUGUGA